GCUCACUUUUGAGGGGCACAAUUAGUGGUCAAUUUUAUUUCACUCCCAAAAGUCAGUUUUUUGGCCACUCACUGCAGACAUCGCCAUUCAAAAUUAGGUGAAACUGACAGACUGCUGUAAUCACAGCAAUGGCUCCGAUCAAAUUUGUCAUUAAGUGUGGGAACUUUGCUGUGCUGGUGGAUCUCCACGUAGUGCCCUUGGGCGGCCAAGAGGACGCCAGCUGGUUUACUACGGACCACAUCGAGGAGGUUACAAACCUGGUUCGAGAUUCUGUGGACCAGAGGGUUAACCAGUACAGAGAGUUUCUCCACAACAGAGGACAGCCCAAACAGAAGAAGGAGCUGGCACCUGAUUCAGCCUUUUUUGUGAAAGGGCAAAACUUCAACCUGGUCGCCAAUUUUCUGAAGCGGCAUUUCAGUCUCAGAUGUAUUGUCAAGCAGGAUUUGCGUGUGUUUCCUGAACGAUAUGUUGUGUGUGUGAGCUGUCCAGAAGAUGCCUUAGCGCACCAUAGAAACCCGAGCCUGGCCGCGACUGAGCUGGGCGAACAAAGCAGAUCGGAAUAUUUUUCCAGUGUGGGAGAAACCCAAGAGCUUUUAAACAGCUCCACAAAAACAAAGAAGGCUGUGCUUCAAAAGAUAGCCAAACAAGCCAGUGUCCAGCGAGAGCUCUGUGGUUCCACUAUGGGGGAGCAGCAGAUUGAUCAGAGAGACUGUCCUAAAAACGCAAUCCCAGAAGAUAAAGCUGGAGAACCAAAAUUUAGCCUGGAGACCAGCUCUGCACAAAAGACCCUCCCAAAGGUAGACCACAAAGUGCCUAGCUCCAGUGCCUUAACUGAAACCUUGGCUCAGAUUGGGACUUCUCAAAAGCGGGAGCAGCAAGGUGAAAUCAAUCCCCCAGACACCCUAAUUGAGGUCUCAGCAGGUUUCUGCCAACAUGAAAUCACUCAGGAGACCAAGAAGAGCAAGAGGUGCAAGCUGAGUGAUGCUGGGGAAGACCCUCACCCACAGAGGGCCAAGAGGACGUGCCUUGGACGACCUCCAACCACAGUGCAAACUCACUCCACCGAGUGCUCCACACAAACAUCCAAGCACGACCUUCUUCCUCUGCCGCCUUCUCCUCUACUCGAAGCCAAGGCAGAGUCCAAGGCUUUCCCUGUCUCUGAGUGCAAGAAAACCACACUGGAAGUAGAGCUGCUUACUCCAGGGAAACGGGCCCAAAGGCUCCCCCUCACAAGCAAUAACACGGCACAGACAAACCAAAACAGGCUGGCCGCAAGUCUGAGGGGCCUAUCUGUCAAGCCUGCAUCCUCAGGCUCCUCUAUUGGUUCCAGAUCCACCCUCGGAGAGGAGGGGAGUGAAAAUGUGCCCAGAACCUCUAGAUUACGACGACUGAAGAGGUCCUGAGGGGGAGAGACAAGCUACAGUAAAGAUGCCUGACGCCACAGAGAUAGAGAUGAUAUUCUGUCAGGCUGCAUGUUUACCCCAUGUAGUCCGUGCGGUCUCCUCACAUGACUGGAAUUUGUGCAUGUGUCACUAUUUACUAGAAUAUCUAUUCUUCUCACAUGUGCUGCACAUACCGAGCACACACACAUGCAGCUCAAAUGCUGUACAUAUUAUGGCAGCUGAUACAUGAGCAUUUGACUUACUCUUUGUCAAAUACUUGAAACAGACUUUGCCUCCACCCAUAAGUGGUGGUGGUCAAGAGAGGCUCGCAAAUGAAAGUCAAAAACCUUUAAUUGGAGUUUAGAUUUGGUUUUGUGUUAAAGAUUGGGGAUUUCAGACAGGCAGGAGCCAUGCAGUACGUCAUGGCUUUCAGUCUGAAAUACUGGCUCCUACGUGUCUGAAAACUGUCCAGUUUCCCUGCUGAAGCUCUUGUGUGAUUGAUUGCUGUUUCCAGAUUUAUUUCAUCACCCCAUUCUCAAAAAUGUAUUUUUGUAGUUAGAUUUCAAUUAUAUACAAUUUGCUCAAUACUUAGUCGCUAAGAACCUGAAAUGUAUCUCUAAAUUGGAAUGUACUAUGUAUCUCAUACUGAACGUGAACUAAAUACGUGUGGGCAUGUGA